AUGUCUGAGAAGAAAAUUUUGACAAUAGAAAAUGAAGAAAUAAAACGGGCACUUUCGUUAUUUCCAUAUUUUGAUACUUGGGAUGAUAAUGUCAUUGUCAAAUGUUGUCAAGUCAGUGCCAUAAUAGAAUUUCCACCUGAUAAAAUUAUCAAAGAUGCAAAUUCAUCAAAUGCACAAAUGACUUUUUUUAUUUUGGAGGGAACGAGUAAAAUAAUAUACAAAUUACAAGUAUUGAAAAAAAAAGAUUCCUUCGGUGAAUAUUCAUCCAUACUUCUUAAUACGAAUGAAAUAACGGGAGAAGAGGAAACGAAUCUAAUGAUUUCCGGUACAAAUUCUUUCGAAAAUGAAAAAAAACCGUUAAAUUUAAAAAAUGAAGGAGAAAAAACUAACGAAGAAUGUCGGGAAAAAUUAGAAAAAAUAAGAAAAAAACCAAAUAAAACAAUUUUAGAUUUAAAAAAGGAAAAAAAUGUCGAAACGAUUUUUAUGGAAGUUGCUUUUUUUCGUAAAGGUGGUUGUUUUGGUUUAGGUGAAAAUUGGAUUAAAAUGAAGAGGAAACUUUCGGAAAAGGCAACUUUGAUUAAAAACAUUCCUAAUUACACUCUUGAUGCCGAUGUGCCAUUUUCUUUACGUUUAAUGGAGAUUCCAAUUGAGUAG